AAACAAAGAAGGAGCCCGAGUCAGUCGUGGUAUCGAAGCUACUAUAGAACCAAACUGUACAAUCCACAUGAUGAAAGAAUAAGAGACCAGUACCGUGUCCUAACCCAUGACGUUCCCGAAUUUUUCACGAAUCAACCACUCCCGGCAUAUGCAGGACCCACGCCACGCCGAAAGCCGCGGAUCCAGCUCACAAUUUCCACAACGAGCAUCUGAACAGCUCAAAAGAAAGUUACAAGCUCACAAAGCAAACAAGCUCACAAAGCAAACAAGCUCACAACUUACCUUCUUUAAAGAUACCAAGCCAGUACAACUUUAGAAACCUCAAACAUGUUCUUUUCAAAGAAAGCACCACUCAACAAUGUCGAUCCUGCUGUCUGCAACCCAAUCAUUGUCAACCAGACAAACCACAGUAUUGUCUUGUUCCUGGACCGCGGUGUCCUCUACAACAAGCAAAUCAUUGGACCCGGUGAAGCCGUGGGAAUGACUCGGAACCAAACUGCUGGAUCAGUGAUGCCAUAUCGCAUUCAUGCUGUGGUGGGAGAUGAAUCAAGUUUACCCACAAGCAGUCAAUCCAUGAGAAACGCACUUUCCACCUUGGUGAUCCCCACUGCUUUUAUUGUCGGAACUUUGGCGGCUGCGUCGUCCGCCGGAACCCUCGCGGGUCCCUCCAGGGCAUUGAGUCGAGCCGCUGGUGGACUCGUUGUUCGUGGUAUGGUGAUUGACUCGGCUGCCUUAGCGGCUGGGUCUCUGUCGGCCAGUCGAGCUUCACUGAUUGCCGACAGGUUGAUUGAACAAUAUCCCGAGAAUUAUUCGGUCAAGAGUCCCCUGUACAUGCCUGGCAAUCGCCAUGUAGUGAUUCGAGGUGGAAUCGAAGAGCCCUUGACAAUCAAGACUAUCAAGGAGAAAGAGUUCAAGCGAAUUGCCAUCCAAGGAGAGCUCAAGACCCCAAUGGAUACGCUUCAGGAGAAGAUUGAAUAUAUCACUCCCAGCUUUUUGCGCCGGUCAAGUGCCACAGAAGGAGAGGAUGAAAGCGAGAAGCCAGAGGCCAUUGCAAAUCAGACAGAGCAACAAGCGAGGGGGGCUGCACCUCUAGUCGUUGGCGGCAAGGCAGACGAAGCCGCUGAUGCGGCGAAAGCAGCCCAACAGGAAGAGAUGCAGCUUCGAAAGGCUAUGGCCGAGUCACUCAGAGCGGAGGAAGAUCGAAAACGAAAAGACGAGCAGUACCAAAGACGCUUGAAAGAGUCCGCCCCUAUCCCCGUUGUUCUGUUCUGAUGGGCGUAUCCCAUUGAGUGGCUGGAAGGUAAAAGGAAGGAUGACCACGACCAAGGGUUAUACCUCACCCUUGUCAGAGAGACUUUGAGAUAGAAUAGGAAUGAUGAAACCAAACCAUGGAUAGGGGCCCCGAAGAUUACCAAGGGGUCUAAGAAUAUCCGAUUUGCCGUCUACCGAGACCGUACCGGUAGGGUACGGUAACAGUUGUACUUUGGGAUGGAGAAGAAAGCAGAGCACUAACCUAAAAAACCGAAAAAUAGAGAUUGACAACAUCGUUUUUAAAAUUUUGUUCCGAGGAUGAU